AUGAAAAAAAAGCAAGCCUUUCUGGUGGCACUCCACGCAGCCUCCCGAAGCACAGUGCACCCAGCUGUGGGCAAGGACCCAGACACCCUGGUGCUGAGUUGAGAGGCUGAAGUCCAGAAGAGCUAAAGAAGGACAAAUAAAGCCAUGAUAUUUCCAUGGAAAUGUCAGAGUUCUCAGAGGGGCUCAUGGAAUAUCUUCAAGUUGUGGGUCUGGACAGUGCUAUGUUGUGAUUUCCUUGCACGUCAUGGAACCAAUGGCUGGACUUACCACUAUUCUGAAAAAUCCAUGAACUGGGCGAGGGCUAGAAGGUACUGCCAAGAAAAUUACACAGAUUUAGUUGCCAUACAAAACAAGGGGGAAAUUGAGUACCUGGAGAGGACACUUCCCCACAGCCAAACUUACUACUGGAUAGGAAUCCGGAAAGUAGGGGGAAUAUGGACUUGGGUGGGAACCAACAAGUCUCUUACAAAAGAAGCGGAGAACUGGGGAGAUGGAGAGCCUAAUAACAAGAAGUCCAAAGAGGACUGUGUGGAGAUCUACAUCAAGAGGAUGAAAGACGCAGGAAAGUGGAAUGAUGACUCCUGCUACAAACAAAAGAAAGCCCUCUGUUACACAGCUUCUUGUCAGCCCUGGUCAUGUGGCAACCAUGGAGAAUGUGUGGAAACCAUCAAUAAUUACACCUGCAACUGUGAUGUGGGCUACUAUGGACCCCAGUGUCAAUUUGUGAUUCAGUGUGAGCCUUUGGAAGCCCCUGAUUUGGGGAGCAUGGACUGUAGUCACCCCUUGGGGAACUUUAGCUUUAUUUCCAUAUGCACCUUCAACUGCUCUGAGGGAACAGACCUCAUUGGGAUUGAGGAAACCACUUGUGGACCUUUUGGAAACUGGUCAUCUCAAGAACCAACCUGUGAAAUGAUUCAGUGUGAGCCUUUGGAGGCCCCUGAUUUGGGGACCAUGGACUGUAGUCACCCCUUGGGGAACUUCAGCUUUACCUCCAUGUGCACCUUCAACUGCUCAGAAGAAACGGAGUUAAUCGGGGAGAGGAAAACUAUUUGUGGAUCAUCUGGAAUCUGGUCAAGCCCUAGUCCAAAAUGUCAAAAAGUGGACAGGAGUUUCUCAAUGAUCAAGAAGGGCGACUAUAACCCUGUCUUCAUUCCGGUGGCAGUCAUGGUUACUGCUUUUGCUGGGCUGGCAUUUAUCAUUUGGCUGGCGAGAAGAUUAAAGAAAGGUAAAGAGUCCCAGGAAAGCACAAAUGAUCCAUAUUAAAGCAACCUCUGUGAAAAAAAAUUCUUGGGAUACUAAAGUGUCACUGGAUCCUUCAAAUCCCUCCCUGAAAAGUAUCUCAUGGUGGUGUCUCCUAUAUUGAAGAUGGAGUGCUUCUCUUUCUCUGCAUCUGGAAAGAUUUCUACAGGAUCAGCAGCUCUUUCUGCUCCCUAUGUGCCCCUCACCCACCCCUGCACCCCUGCCUACAGUUGUGCUUUAUAUUGCUUGUGUUUUAUUCUCUUUUUCAUGGACCAUGGGGGGAGAAGAUGGCUUUGGAAUAUAAAGAUGUCCGAUUUUGCUCUCUAUCUUGACUCCAUUUCCAGUUCCAACUCAGUGCUGUCCCUGAUGGCCUUCUGUACCUGAUGACCUUAAAUAUAGUGGAAACUUGAUACAUGUGUUCCUACAGAGUCGAUUUUGUUGCA